GUUAAAAACAAGUCGGUAAUCCACAUGUUAUUUUCUUACUUCAAUAAUGGCGACCUACAAGCCGGUUACUCAUGUUAUCUUUGACAUGGAUGGACUAAUAUUUGAUACCGAAAGAAUAUAUACUGAGAUACACCAAACAAUAGCCAGUAAGUAUGGCAAGGUGUUUACAUGGGAGGUAAAAGUGAAAUGUAUGGGAAAAGUUGCUGAUGAAGCAGCCAGGACGUUUAUCAAAGAGUUAGAGUUGCCAAUAACUGUAGAAGAAUACCACGCAACUUUUGCAGAAAUCUGUAAAGAGAUGUUCCAAAAGACUCAAGUCCUUCCUGGCGUAGAACGAUUAAUCAAACAUCUUCACGCCACCGGCGUUCCUAUAGCCAUCGCAACCAGUUCCAAAAAAGAGACAAUGGAUAUGAAAACUAAAAAUCAUAGGGAAUUAAUUAGUCUGUUUCAUCAUGUCGUCUGUGGCUCGAAUGAUCCCGAGGUGAAACGUGGCAAGCCUGCACCAGAUGUCUUUCUCGUGUGUGCCAGUCGAUUUGAGGACAAACCAUCUCCAGAUCAGGUACUUGUGUUCGAAGACGCUCCUAAUGGUGUGGAGGCUGCCUUAGCCGCUGGAAUGCAGGUUGUGAUGGUACCGGAUGAACGCCUUCAACCGGAGUUCUACGGCGGCGCCACUUUAGUUCUCAAAUCUAUGGAAGAUUUCAAACCGGAAUUGUUUGGUCUUCCACCCUUCCCUCAAGCCUAACCCGUCCUGUUAUAAGUAAUAAUAAAUAAAAUGAUUUUCUAUUCAAAUGUUA